GGUUUCAACGAUCACAUCUAUGCUGACAUGUUUUCAUCAAAAAAAUUCUCUAGUUCCGUUUGCUUUUUUCAACGAUCAUAUACCCAUGUUAUUUACUCCCUCGAUCACAACUCGGAGUUCAUUUAUGGCUUUCACCCUCUUCCUGGUUCUCCACAGCCCACGUACCACAAAUAUCCACACCACAAAUGGUGACAAAUGCAAUUCAGUUACUCUUCACAUGCAUUUACCCAGGGAAAACCUAUUGUGGUGCGAUCAUUCCAUUGUCCUCUGUCUUCCCACAUUUUGAUCCUCCCUAGAAAAGACUAACACUAUUGUAAGUUGGGCGCAUGCUCAACUCCGCACUGCUCAGACCCACAAUAGCAUACAAGCUUCCUUGGCUCCUUCAUACCUGUGGGCAUUCCGGUUUUGCUAAACAGAGACCAAUGGAAGGUAAUACUUUGAUAUGGUUUAGAAAGGGGCUGAGAAUCCAUGACAAUCCUGCUCUGGAAUAUGCAUGCCAGAAUGCUAAAAAUGUAUACCCUGUGUUUGUUUUGGAUCCAUGGUUUUUGGAACCCGACCCCAGUGCUCCUUCUCUUGGGUCUACUCGCGUGGGUAUCAAUAGAAUUCGGUUUUUAUUAGAGUGCCUUGAUGAUUUAGAUGGUAAUCUCAAAAGAAGAGGAUCUCGUCUGCUCCUGUUUAAGGGAAACCCAACUGAUGUCAUUCCACAGCUUUUGGAACAAUGGAGCAUCCAGAAGUUGUGUUUUGAAUUUGACAUAGAGCCGUAUGCACAAAAAAGGGACAACUGUGUUAAGGAAUAUGCAUCAAAGCUUGGAGUGGAUGUGUUCUGUCCUGUAAGCCACACAAUAUUUAGUCCAGAGGAAAUUAUCAAAAAGAAUGGCGGAAAACCACCAUUGACAUACCAGUCAUUUAUUAAGCUGAUUAGUGGGGCACCACAUCCCCUUGGUGAUGGGCCUUCAUCACUUCCUCCUAUUGAUAUUGAUGAUUCAAAGGCACUGACACUACCAACACUCACAACCCUUGGUUUCAAAGACAUUUCUCAGGAAGAUUUUACUCCUUUCCAUGGUGGUGAAACAGAAGCAUUGAGGAGGUUGAAUGAAUCUCUACAUGAUAAGAAGUGGGUAGCAGAGUUUGAAAAACCUAAAGGAGAUCCAACUGCCUUCUUGAAGCCAGCAACAACUGUUUUGUCACCAUACUUGAAAUUUGGUUGUCUUUCUUCAAGGCUAUUUUAUCAACGCCUACAAGAAGUGUAUGGAAAAGUGAAGAACCAUACACGACCUCCAGUUUCCCUGGAAGGACAGUUGCUAUGGAGAGAGUUCUUUUACACAGUGGCGUAUGGUACACCCAACUUUGAGCAUAUGAAGGGGAAUCCAAUUUGCAAACAGAUUCCUUGGAAUGAUGAUGAUCACCUUCUUGCUACUUGGAGGGAUGCUCAAACUGGUUAUCCAUGGAUUGAUGCGGUCAUGGUCCAGCUUCGGAAAUGGGGAUGGAUGCAUCAUCUUGCUCGUCAUGCAGUUGCAUGCUUUUUAACUCGUGGUGAUUUGUUUGUGCACUGGGAGAAGGGACGAGAUGUCUUUGACAGACUACUUAUAGACUCAGAUUGGGCAAUAAAUAAUAGCAACUGGAUGUGGCUGUCCUGUUCAGCAUUCUUUUCUCAGUACUAUCGCAUAUAUUCUCCAAUUUCUUUUGGAAAGAAGUAUGAUCCCAAUGGUGAAUAUAUACGACAUUUUCUUCCUGUCUUGAAAGAUAUGCCGAAAGAGUAUAUAUAUGAACCCUGGUCUGCACCACUUGAAGUUCAAAGGAAAGCAAAAUGCAUCAUUGGCAGAGACUAUCCUGAACCUGUGGUUGCCCAUGUUGAAGCAAGCAAAAACUGUAAAAAGAGGAUUGCAACAGCAUAUGCAAAAAGUAAAAGCAUUGAUGGGAAGUUAAAUCAUGUCGAAUCACUGUAUAUGAAACAAAGUUCAGUUAGGGAAAACGAUGACGCAAAUAAAAGGUCUUCAAAGAAGCAGAGACAAAAGAAGCUGACAGAUUAUUGAUAAUUGUAUAAGUGCAUGGUUUAGUAUAUUGUAAUGCUUAUGGUGCAUUGUAUAAUACAUGUACUAGGUUGCUUAUUUUCAAUUUUUUAUGAUUACCUUAAGCACGUUGUCAUUACGUAUAAGUUAUAGCUUUAUUUAAGCUUCGUCCUUGAAUUCUAAUGAUAGUUCACAUUCAAAA